AUGUCGACAUCAGCUGCUGGCAAGAGCUUGACCAACUAUGCUUCAUAUAUCCCCCAAGGAAGCAGGCAACCGCGGAUUGGGCAUCUUGAUCUGGACUCCAAUACCAUCACGCCUCUUUCCUACACCUCUGGUACCCCAAUCAGGACUCUUUACGAAGUGAUUGAAGCAGGCGAGGAUGCUUUUGUCCAAGCCGGAGAAUCCUUCCCCCGGAGCAAGGCGAGAUUGCUACCCCCCAUCUACGGUCGGGACAUCCUUGCUGUUGGGAAGAACUAUGCGGCCCAUGCCAAGGAGUUCAAUGCUUCAGGCUAUGACAGCUCUGACAAGGUCGACAUGCCUACUCACCCAGUCAUCUUUACUAAGCGGUGGACUUCUGCUAUAGCAGACGGGGACGAGAUCUAUCCCCAUCCAGGAUUCACCGAGUCGGUGGACUAUGAAGGAGAAAUUGGCGUCAUUGUUGGCAAGCCCGGCUUUAAGAUUGCUGAGAAAGACGCCCUCGACCACGUCUGGGGGUAUACCAUCAUCAACGAUGUGACCGCACGCGAACGGCAACGGGACCAUAAGCAAUUCUACAUCGGCAAAUCGCCAGAUACUUUUGCGCCGAUGGGCCCUAUAGCCGUCCCGAAGGAGCAUCUUCCAAAGGUGCUCACUGUUAAGACCGUUGUGAAUGGAGAAAAGCGACAAGAAGCCACGACCGACGACUUGAUAUUCAGCAUAGCGACUUUGAUCGAGACAUUAUCUGCGGCCCAGACCCUACAACCUGGAGAUGUUUUGGCAACUGGAACACCCGCCGGCGUUGGCUUCGGCUUCAACCCCAAGGUGUGGCUGCAUCCCGGAGACGAGGUCAAGAUUUCAGUCACGGGGCUCGGGACAUUGACGAACAAGAUUGCAAGCCCCGAGUCGAGACCUACCAUCCUCAACCACAUCGUCUCGUCCGCGGUGCCCGUCGCGAAUGAGCGGACGGUCGAGGGUCGUGGACUGACCUCCAUUGGCUCAAAACAGCUGUUCUACCAGCGGAAAGGCGGUGACAGUGGUGGACGGCCAAUUUAUUUCAUCCAUGGUCUGGGCGGCACUUCCGACUAUUUCGGACCAGUGAUGACAAGGCUGGGGAACUCUUGGACAUAUCACCUGGCCGACCUCGAGGGCCACGGUCUAUCGCCGACAUCUGCGACGAGCAAGUUAAGCAUCGCUUCCUUUGCUUCCGAUGCAUAUCAGCUCUGCUCUCAGGCUGGAAUCAACGCCGAGAGUGGCCUCACCGUGGUCGCUCAUUCGAUGGGCUGUCUGGUUGCGAUGAAAUUGGCAUUGGAUCAUCCGGACUUGGUUAAGACACUGAUCUUACAAGGGCCCGGGGCCUCACCGCUCCCAGAAGCCGCCAGCAAAGCCACAUACGCCAGGGCGGCCCUUGCUCGUGAAAAGGGCAUGCUUGGAGUAGUGGACGCUGUCGUUGGCGCAGGGACGUCUGAUUACAGCAAGGCACAUAAUCCUCUGGCAAUCGCCGCCGCACGCAUCUCCCUCCUGGGACAAGACCCCGAAGGAUACGCAAAGGCAUGCAUAGCACUGGCAGACUCGCAUGCGGAUACCCUGGACAUCUCGACGCUGAAAGCGAGAGUGCUGAUCAUCACCGGAGAUGAGGACAAGGUGUCGCCGCCGGAGAUGUGUAAAAAGAUGAAAGAAAAAAUCCCCCACUGUGAGGAUGUCAUCGUGCUGCCAAACGUCGCCCACUGGCACUUGUUUGAAGCUACCGAGAGUGUGUGCUCGGCUGUCACCGAUUUCAUGGGUAAGCAGUAG